UUCUAGCCCAUUUGUUCAUGAAAUUAUUGUCCAACGAGAACAAAUAAGUGAAUCGCAGCGGGAGUUGGAUUCUUCUGCCUUUCGCUGUUUCUUCAAUUCAUUAUACCAAUCCAGUCAACUCCCUCCCCUUCCAGGAAAAACCCUUAAUUAUAAAUAAAUUCUUUGGUCAAUUAUACAGAUAUAUACAUAUGUUUGUAGGGAUGUAUUGUUGAUCAAUUCGUUGCUUUGAAAAAUCUUCUGAUUUCCCAAGAAAAAAAUUCCCAAUUUGGAAUAUUUGAUAUGGCAUCGGAGAUCGAGGUGGUGGAAGAAGUGGAAUCCGGAGAUCGGAAGCAGACGGCGGCGGAGGUGGUGGUGGAGGAUGAUAGCCUCCGGAAUGAUGUCUACACGGCGGCGGCUUAUGGGGACAUGGAGAAGCUGCAGCGGCUGGUUGAGGGCGAGGGUUGCUCCGUUUCUGAGCCUGACGCCCUUGGUUACUUCGCUCUUCAAUGGGCCGCCCUCAAUAACCGAACUGCCGCCGCCCAAUACAUCGUCGAGCAUGGAGCUGAUGUUAAUGCGGCAGACCAUACCGGCCAGACGGCUCUGCACUGGAGUGCCGUGAGGGGUGCAAUCCAAGUUGCUGAGCUUCUGUUGCAAGAGGGUGCCAGGGUCAAUGCCGCUGAUAUGUAUGGCUAUCAGACUACACAUGUUGCUGCACAAUAUGGUCAGACAGCUUUCAUAUAUCACCUUGUUACAAAAUGGAAUGCAGAUCCCGACAUUCCCGACAAUGAUGGAAGAAGCCCUUUGCACUGGGCUGCAUACAAGGGCUUUGCGGACUGCAUACGUCUUUUGCUAUUUCUAGAUGCAUAUAGGGGACGUCAGGACAAGGAAGGUUGUACCCCUCUCCACUGGGCUGCUAUUAGGGGUAAUUUAGAAGCAUGCACUGUGCUGGUGCAAGCUGGGAAGAAGGAAGAUCUGAUGGUAGCAGAUAAUACUGGUCUCACACCUGCACAGCUUGCUUCUGAUAAGAAUCACAGACAAGUCGCCUUUUUCCUUGGGAAUGCUAGAAGGUUGUUUGACAAACGGUGCGAUGGAAACAGCCGCCUUGGCAAACUCUCGAAAUUAGGACUUGCUCCAAUACUCUGGUGUAUAAUAUUUUUGUUACUUGUGACAUAUAUUCAUUCAGCUGUUACGGCAUCAAACCUGCCAAAAUUAACAGCUGGCUUUGGUCUUCUUGCUUGGAUGGGUGUGUUCUUGGCAUCCUCGGGACUAGUUUUGUUUUAUAGGUGCAGCAGCAAGGAUCCAGGGUACAUCAGAAUGAAUGUACAUGACUCACAAAACACUAAAGAUGAUGAACCUUUGCUGAAGAUUGAAAUAAAUAAUCCCGCUUUGCUUGCUGGGAACUGGUCUCAGCUUUGCUCAACUUGCAAGAUUGUUCGGCCCCUACGUGCGAAGCAUUGUUCCACUUGUGAUCGUUGUGUUGAACAGUUUGACCAUCAUUGCCCUUGGGUAUCUAAUUGCAUUGGCAAGAAAAACAAGUGGGAUUUCUUUUUGUUUCUUCUUCUGGAAGUUCUGGCAAUGCUGGUUGCUGGAGGAGUGACUCUCACAAGAGUGCUGACUGACCCAAUGGCUCCAUCUUCCUUUGGUGCAUGGUUGAACCAUGCUGGAAAUCAGCAUGUUGGUGCUAUAUCCUUUUUGAUUGCCGACUUUUUCCUCUUAUCUGGUGUGGCAGUCUUAACUGUUGUACAGGCUUCUCAGAUUGCUCGAAACAUUACUACGAACGAAAUGGCGAAUUCAAUGCGUUACAAUUAUCUCAGAGGAGCUGGGGGCCGAUUCAGAUACCCAUAUGAUCAUGGCUGCAAGAAAAACUGUUCAGAUUUCUUGAUAAAUGGAUACAAUGAAGACGUGGAGUACAAUGAAGAAUUGAGUCAAUCUGAAGAGACUUCAAUGUUGCAAAUGGCUCGGAAUACAAACCUGUUGAACGAUAUCAGCCAUGCUCAUCAAACGAAUGGAAAUGGUCAUGUAGCAAUCGACGUGAAUGACAAUAAAAAUGCACAUCAUGGGCAUGUUCAUUCUUCUCAUCGUAGCCAUAGCCAUAAUCACAGUAGAAAAACUGAUUCUGCUCCUUUAGGUUUGGGCAUCGGUUUAGGGCGAAAUGCUACCCGUUCUGCAACUGCAUCGUGAUAAUAUUGUGCUAUAGGGUCCGAAAAAAUGUCCUCUCUCUCUCUCUCUCUCUCUCUCUCUCUCUCUCUCGACCAUCUUUCUGUCCGUAAACGCACAAGAUUGGCUUCUGUAAUUCAAUUAAUCGCUUCUUUUUUCGAGUUCAAUUUUUCAUUACCUUUCUGUGGCUGUUUUAUAUCGAAUUUGGUUUGUUUAUUUCA